AUGAAAUUGAAAUCGGUUUCUGUCAUAAAAGAUGAUUAUUUGACGUGUGAAGAAUUGAAAAAGGCAUCGGAUGUAAUUAUAAGAAUUAUUCAGGAAGAAGAAUUUUCGGAAGAAAUAAAAUGCUUGAAACAAGGAAACCCAAUUACUUCUAAUAGUAAAAUUAGUUCACUUAAUCCAUUCAUAGAUAAAAGUGGAAUACUACGAGUCGGGGGAAGAUUGAGAAAUGCAGAAAUAGCUGAAUUACAAAAAUAUCCUAUUCUUCUACCGAAAGGAAAUUUUAUCACUAAUUUGAUAAUCAAGUAUUAUCACGAAAAACAUCUUCAUGGCGGAGUCCAAUUGCUGUUAUUCGUAUUAAGACAAGAAUUUUGGAUCAUCAAUUCUAGAAUUGAAAUUAAAAAAUGCGUUUGGAAAUGUGUGAAAGGUCGUUUCAGGGCAAAGACGCAAUCGCAACUAAUGGGUGAUCUACCUACCAACAGAGUUAUUCCAAGUAGAAUUUUUUCUGGAACUGGAGCUGAUUUCACUGGACCAUUCCUUGUGAAAAUAAAGAAAGGAAGAGGAGUUAGACCAACUAAAUGUUAUGUUUGCAUUUUUAUUUGCUUAGCUACUAAAGCUGUACACUUGGAAUUAGUGGGAGAUCUGUCCAGCGAAUCGUUUAUUGCGGCUUUGAAAAGAUUUACAGCAAGAAGGGGAAAACCCGAAGAAAUAAGUACGGACUGCGGUACCAAUUUUGUUGGUGCUGAUAGAAUUUUGAUGAAAGAAAUUCCUAUUCUAAAUUCAAGUCCAGAAUUCCGUAAUUGGAUUUUGGCGGAAAAUAUAAAGUGGAAUUUCAACCCCCCAUCAGCACCACAUCAUGGAGGACUCUGGGAAGCGGCCGUUAAGUCCAUUCUGAAAUAUCACUUACGCCGGAUGAUCGGUUGUCAAAUCCUUACGUAUGAGGAAUUCCUCACGCUGAUCACUCAAGUUGAAGGAUGUUUAAAUUCAAGACCGAUUACCCCAAUUUCUAAUGAUCCUAAUGAGUUGGGCGCCCUCACACCGGGAUAUUUUCUUAUUGGGGCUCCUUUGAUAGUAGUACCAGAACGGGACUUGACUUCGAAAAAAGUAACCCCUCUGCAAAGGUGGUUUGUUAACGCAGCAAAUAUUACAGGAAUUUUGGAAACGUUUGUCAAGUGA